GCGGCCCGGCCAGCGGCUGCGGCGCGAGCGAGCGAGCGAGCCGAGCCAGUUAGACUGGCUGUUAGUCUCGGCUGCGGUUGCUGCUGCCCCAUCUCGGCCGCUCGACUCGCGCCUGAGCCCGCGCCCCGGAGGGUCCGAGCCCCGAGUCUGAAGCCAUGACGGACGGCACGUGUCUGCGGAGGAGGGGAGGCCCUUACAAGACCCCCCCGGCUACGGAGCUGAGCCACUGGCGCCUGGUCAACGAGGAGGGGCGGCAGCGCUGGACCUACAGCCCCGGGGCCCCCGGGGGCCAGACAGUCCUGGAAGCCCAUGCCCUGGGCCUGGACACGACCAAGUACUUCGAGGAGCUGCCCCCCGCCCACACGGCCCGUCAGGGGGCUUGGAACGGCAUGAAGUUUUACUCCCAGCUCCAGGCUGAGGACGGCCACUGGCCCGGGGACUACGGGGGCCCCCUCUUCCUGCUGCCAGGGCUGCUGAUCACAUGCCACGUGACCAAAAUCUCCCUCCCCGCUGGGUACAAGGAAGAGAUGGAGCGCUACCUGCGAUCUGUGCAGCUUCCAGAUGGCGGCUGGGGCCUGCACAUCGAGGACAAGUCAACAGUAUUUGGUACAGCCUUGAACUACGUAUCUCUGCGAAUCUUGGGGAUUGGCCCAGAUGACCCUGCUCUGGUGCGAGCCAGGGCCAACCUUCAUGAGAAAGGUGGCGCUCUUGGAAUCCCUUCAUGGGGAAAGUUUUGGUUGGCCAUCCUGAAUGUUUACAGCUGGGAAGGAUUGAAUACCCUCUUUCCUGAAAUGUGGCUCUUUCCUUCCUGGGUUCCUGCUCACCCUUCGACUCUGUGGUGCCAUUGUCGCCAGGUAUAUCUGCCCAUGAGCUACUGCUAUGCCGUGCGCCUGCAGGCUGAAGAGGAUGAGCUGGUCCAGAGCCUUCGACAGGAACUUUACAUCGAGGACUACUCCAGCAUAGAUUGGCCAGCCCACAGGAAUCACGUGGCUGCCUGUGACCUCUACACGCCCCACAGCUGGCUCCUCUGCCUGGUCUACGCUGUGCUUAACCUGUACGAGAGCUGUCACCUCUCGAGCCUGAGGAAGCGUGCUGUGGCCGAGGUGUAUGAUCACAUAGCAGCCGAUGACCGAUUCACCAAGUGCAUCAGCAUUGGCCCGAUCUCUAAAACUAUCAACAUGCUUGUCCGCUGGUAUGUGGAUGGGCCGGGCUCCUCGGCCUUCCAAGAACACGUCUCCAGAAUUCCAGAUUACAUGUGGUUGGGGCUCGAUGGCAUGAAGAUGCAGGGCACGAAUGGCUCCCAGCUUUGGGACACAGCGUUCACCAUGCAGGCAUUCCUCGAGGCUGGGGCUCACCAUAUGCCUGAAUUUUCAUCCUGUCUAAAAGAUGCAUAUGAAUUCUUCAGAAUUACCCAGAUCCCAGAUAACCCCGUCGACUACCAGAAAUACUACCGGCAGAUGAACAAGGGUGCCUUCCCCUUUAGUACCCGGGACUGUGGCUGGAUUGUUGCCGACUGCACAGCAGAGGGCUUGAAAUGCCUCCUUCUCCUGCAAAAGAAGUGUCCUUUCAUCACAGACCCUGUGCCCAGAGAGAGGCUGUAUGAUGCUGUCAAUGUGCUGCUGAGCAUGAGGAAUUCAGACGGCGGGUUUGGCACCUACGAGAAGAAGCGUGGAGGACGCCUGUUGGAGUUACUGAAUCCCUCGGAGGUGUUUGGAAACAUUAUGAUCGACUACUCGUAUGUGGAAUGCACGUCAGCUGUCUGCAGCUCUGAAGCAUCCAGGAGUGUUUACCCUGAGUAUAGGGCUGAGGAGAUCAGGCAAACGCUGACGGGGGGACUGCGCUACUGCCAGCAGGUGCAGCGGGCCGAUGGGUCUUGGGAAGGGUCUUGGGGAGUGGCCUUCACCUACGGGGCCUGGUUUGUGGAGGCGUUUGCGUGCAUGGGGCACACUUACGAUGCUCAUGGGGGGGCCUGCCCAGAGGUAAAGAAGGCCUGCGAAUUUCUGCUGUCCAAGCAAAGAGAUGGAGUUGGGGAGAAGAUUUUUGAGUCCUGCGAGCAGCGGCGCUAUGUGCAGAGUGCCAAAGUCCCUCACACCACUUGCUGGGUGCUGGGGCUGAUGGCAGCCAGGCAUCCCGGGACUGAGGCCAUUGAGAAAGGAGUGAAGUGUGUGCUUGGAAAGCAGCUGCCCAAUGGAGACUGGCCUCAGGAAAACAUCUCUGGGGUCUUCAACAGGUCUUGUGUUAUCAGCUACACGGCCUAUCGGAAUGUUUUUCCCAUCUGGACUUUGGGCCGGUUUUCCCACCUGUAUCCACAGAGCCCCCUUGCUGGCCAAAGUGAUGAUGUGAACCCUCGCCCAGGUUUGCCAAGGCCAGGGUGGAGCCACAAGCACAGACUUUGGAGAAAAGCAUGGUGGGAUGUGGGCACCUGGGCAGAGGUAUUGGGCCGGCCUCGGCACCAGAGGGAGGCGCACUUGUUUGAGGCCCAUUCUCCUUUUCCCCACUUUGGGUUGGAAUCUCCCACAGGUCACCCCUGGGUGUCUACUAGUCAGCCUGAGGCUCUUGGUUCAAGGGGCUCCUUGUGUAAGAAGGGAGAGAACAGAGCCAAGGUGAAACUUUCAUGUGGGGACCAGGUGACCCCCAAAUCCCUCAUUCUUUUGAGUCCCUCCUGCACCACAAAUCAUGUUCUGUCUUUCUAAGCACCUCAGCACAUCUUGGACACUCUGAUCCUUGCCAAACAGGCACACUUACGGCCCUGGGUCAGGAAACUGGAAGGCUGCCCUGUUUUCCCUCUGUCUCGCCUGUUGGGAGCCGGGCGGGUUAGGGAAUGAAUGACUGGGAAGCUGCAUGUUGUGGACACAUGUGAGGCCAGGCAGGAACUCUUGGGCUUGCAUUGAGCUGCAGAUUCCCCUUGACUUCCCCUG